ACUCACUCCUCUUCCACAGUCCAAUGCUGGACAGCACAGUUGAGCAUCAUCCAAUGAGGCAAGCACAGAAUGAGAAGGGUUGCCAGCUAUCUUGGAGGAAAAUGUUCUCCCCCUUUAAAAGAAAGUUAAUGGGCUACUAUUUACCAGGUGAUAUUGUUUACCUUUGCACCAUGAAAAGCUUCAGCUCCCAUUUCCAGACAUUAGGCCUCUGUUAAAGACCUGAUCAUUGUUCUCCAGGCCAGCUGGCAACUCUGUCAGUGUGCAUGGCGCUUUACAGAAUGACAACCAGACUCAACUGUGCCUUGAGAAUCUUACAGUUGACACAUGGGCAAGCAGCACAAGAAUGGGAAGAAAAUGGAGGAAAACAGAAUGAAAGUGGCUCCAAACCAACAAACAGAUUUCAAGAUCACAGUCAAAGAGCUGUGUAAUUUGAUGGAAUUACGAACUAAAGAUGCAGUUAACAAAAUAAAACAAAAUUAUGGAGACAUCUACAAAAUGUGUAUACUGCUGAAAACAUCUCCCACAGAUGGGAUAAUGGGUUCCCAAGCAGAAGUAGCUCUCAGGACAUCUAUCUUUGGAAAGAACUAUAUACCGCCCAAAAAACCACUAACGUUCCUGGAAUUAGUGUGGGAAGCACUGCAGGAUAUGACAUUAUGUGUCUUAGAAGUUGCAGCCUUUAUAUCAUUGGGACUUUCUUUUUAUCAUCCACCAGGAAGAAAAACUGCAGCAUGUCAUAUAAGUGGCUCUGCAGAUGAAGAAACAGAUGAAGAAGCAGAAGCCGACUGGAUAGAAGGAGCUGCAAUACUUUUGUCCGUGGUUUGUGUCGUGUUGGUAACAGCUUUCAAUGACUGGAGUAAAGAGAAACAAUUUAGGGGUUUGCAACAUCGCAUUGAAAGUGAACAGAAGUUCACAGUCAUCAGAGAUGGGCAGGUAAUCCAGGUGCCAGUGUCUGAGUUAGUGGUUGGGGAUGUUGCACAGAUCAAAUAUGGUGACCUACUACCAGCUGAUGGCAUUCUUCUCCAAGGGUAUGAUCUGAAAAUUGAUGAGAGCUCCCUCACAGGAGAAUCAGAACUUGUCAAGAAGUCUUUGACAGAGGAUCCCAUAUUGCUUUCAGGUACCCACGUGAUGGAAGGCUCUGGAAGAAUGGUCAUCACAGCCGUUGGUGUAUACUCACAAACGGGGAUUAUUCUCACUUUACUUGGGGUAGGGGAAGACACUGAGAAAACGAAGCAAAAUGACAAAAAGGUUAAAAAAGCAGGUAAGUCCCCUGACAAAAAAGAGCAUGAUGCUUCUGAAAACACAAAAACGGAAAAGGAGAAAAAAGUUACACACAAAAAAGAAAAAUCUGUUCUUCAAGCAAAACUCACACGAUUAGCUGUUCAGAUUGGCAAAGCAGGCUUGGCAAUGUCUAUAAUCACAGUUUCUGUCCUAACAGGAUCUUUUAUCAUUCAAAAUUUUGUUAUUGACAAGCGUAUUUGGACUGUUGAAUGCACACCAAUUUAUGUACAAUAUAUGGUGCAGUUCUUUAUUAUUGGAGUUACGAUCUUGGUUGUAGCAGUGCCAGAAGGCCUUCCACUUGCCGUCACCAUCUCACUUGCCUAUUCUGUGAAGAAAAUGAUGAAAGAUAAUAACCUAGUGCGACAUUUGGAUGCCUGUGAGACUAUGGGGAAUGCAACAGCAAUUUGCUCAGAUAAAACAGGAACUUUAACUGUUAACAGGAUGACAGUAGUCCAAGCAUUUAUUGGUGGCACACAUUAUAAAGUUAUUCCUUCACCCGAUUUAAUUCAUCCAACUGUUAUUAAUUAUCUGCUGAAAGGAAUCUCUGUAAACUGUGCUUAUACUUCUAAAAUACUGGCUCCUGAGAAAAGUGGUGGCCUCCCCUGUCAUAUUGGCAAUAAAACUGAAUGUGCUUUGCUUGGCUUUCUUGUAGAAUUAAAACAGAAUUAUGAGUCUGUAAGGACUAAAAUACCAGAGAAUGAACUGUUUAAAGUGUACACCUUCAAUUCUGACAGGAAAUCUAUGAGCACAGUUUUGAGAAAUGCUGAUGGUAGCUAUCAGAUGUUCACCAAAGGUGCUUCUGAAAUAAUCCUUGACAAAUGCAGCAGCAUAUUGGAUAGUGAUGGGGAGCCUGUACCUUUCACACAAAAGGAGUAUGAGAAAAUGGUAAGGGAUGUGAUCGUACCAAUGGCCUCUGAGGGACUCCGAACUAUAUGUCUAGCUUUCAGAGAUUUCUCAUCUUCAGAACCAGAUUGGGAUGAUGAGGAUGACAUUAUCAAGGACUUGACAUGCAUCACAAUUGUAGGUAUUGAAGAUCCAGUGAGACCUGAAGUUCCUGCUGCCAUAAGAAAAUGUCAACAUGCUGGCAUUGUUGUGCGUAUGAUCACUGGGGAUAACAUUGAGACUGCUCGUGCAAUAGCUGUAAAAUGUGGCAUCUUGCGACCUGGGGAUAACUUUUUAUGUCUGGAUGGAAAAGAAUUUAAUAAACGGAUACGGAGUCGUGAAGGAGUGAUUAAACAAGAGCUGCUCGACCUGAUUUGGCCUCGGCUUCGUGUGCUUGCAAGGUCCUCGCCAACUGACAAAUACGUCUUGGUAGACGGGAUCAUUAACAGCAACAUCUCAGAACAAAGGCAAGUGGUAGCUGUAACCGGUGAUGGCACUAAUGAUGGCCCUGCUUUAAAAAAGGCUGACGUUGGCUUUGCAAUGGGCAUUGCUGGAACAGAUGUAGCUAAGGAAGCCUCUGACAUCAUUCUCACAGAUGACAACUUUUCAAGCAUUGUUAAAGCAGUUAUGUGGGGUAGGAAUGUAUAUGACAGCAUUUCCAAAUUCCUUCAGUUUCAGCUUACUGUCAACAUUGUAGCAGUAAUUGUUGCUUUUGUAGGAGCCUGUAUCACCCAUAAUUCCCCUCUGAAAGCUGUUCAGAUGCUCUGGGUCAAUCUCAUCAUGGAUACAUUUGCUUCUCUUGCCUUGGCCACCGAAAAGCCAACAGAAGCUCUGUUGAAACGGAAACCAUAUGGUAGGAAUAAACCCCUCAUCUCCCGUACCAUGCUGAAAAACAUUUUGUUCCAUGCCAUUUAUCAGCUCGUAAUUGUCUUCGGACUUCUUUUUGCAGGUGAAAAAUUGUUUGAUAUUGAAAAUGGACGCAAUGCAUCCAUAAAGGCCCCACCGUCCCAACACUACACAAUUAUAUUUAAUACAUUUGUAAUGAUGCAGGUUUUUAAUGAAGUCAAUGCACGAAAGAUCCACGGGGAAAGAAAUGUCUUUGAAGGAAUAUUCACAAAUGUCAUUUUUUGUUGCGUUGUUUUAGGAACAUUCAUUGUGCAGGUCAUCAUUGUUCAAAUUGGAGGGAAGCCCUUUAGUUGUGCAGAACUUUCAUUAGAUCAAUGGCUGUGGUCAGUCUUCCUUGGUAUUGGGACACUGUUAUGGGGACAGCUGAUCAUAUGUAUUCCAAACAGGUAUUUGUUGUGCUUGAGGGAAGUCGGUGAGGGACUACCAAAAGAGGAAAUGAUUGAAGCAGAACAAGCGGAAGACUCAGCAGAGAUUGACUAUGGUGAGCGGGAACUGAAUCGCAGCCAGAUUUUGUGGUUUAGGGGAAUGUCUCGAAUACAAGCUCAGUGCAAAGUAGUGAGGGCAUUUCGUGCUUCCUUAUAUAAUGACCUGGAAUCAGCAAGCGUCAAAAAUCUCUGACGCUAAGUGAAUUUGAAACCUUCUUGAUUAUUGAAUGUAAUUUCAAAAAGAGCAAUAUGCUUACUGCUAGCAUAAAGAAAAUAAUAGAUCCCCCCUCCACAGUAGUCCAUGAAACACACUUUUGAAGCGUUGUAGGAAAGCAGGGAGUCUUCUCUAGAAGAUAUAGGAAAUAAGGAAUCAAAAUGACAAGCCAAUCCAGACUUUCAUGUAUAAGCCUGAGCAUUAUGUUAGCAGAAGUUUACUGGAUCUUGAGCCUUGAAACUUCUUUUUUGCAAGAGGUGUCCACAGAAAAAGAGUGAUUGAUAAAGCCAGAAUUCUUAACUUUUUUAUGUUUAUUAAUUACAGUGUGGUGUUAUAUAAAGGAUAGAAGUUAAACAGUCAUAACCUUUUAUUUUUACUCCUGUUUGUGCUUAUAACUGACUGAAUGGCUGCGUGUGAACCCUUGAUUUACCUGUUUGGAACUGCACCAUUUUCCCAGUGGAUAUGGCAACCAGUAGGCGAUAUUUAUUUGUAUUUUGUUCUUGAUAGCAAAGAUUAUUCAAUAAUAAAUGUUUUUGCUAAA